AUGAAUACUACUAACGGGGAAUAUCGCGCAGGCUGGGCUGGGGCUCGUUGUGUGUCGGCUCGACUAGAAGAGCAACGGAAGAAGAAGGCCAUGGUUGAUUCGCUCGAGUACUCCGAAAACGUCCCAAACCGUCCGCUUUCAUCAGCAACCAUGGGCGGGUCGAAUGGUGGGGUGGCAAGCGGUGGCCCAGCAAGGACAGACGCCGUAUAUUCACCGAGCCAGGAAUCUAGCAGUGACCCGGCCCCAACGAGGCACGCCCCGGCCACCGAGGGCCAGAGAGUGGCAGAGAAGAGCAAGUACGAGGCCGCCGUUCCGUUCAACAGCCGGAAAGGGGAUCGGUUCUCUUGA